AUGCAAGAUAAAGAAAAUGCGAUUAAGAAUCAGCAGUUGACAAAUGAUGGCAGAUUCCCAUGCCGUUUUAGUGGAUGUACUCUAUCAUUUAAGUAUGAUGGAAAGAGUAGGCGUAAACACGAGCUCACCCAUCACCCACCACCUGUGAUCCCACAUGCACCAGAGCCAACCAAUACCACUGCAGAAGAGUCUUCACUUAGCGAUGAAAGCUUGAUGAAAGAUGACAUUUAUAACUAUAACUGUGGUCUUCUUUCACAUGGCAUGACAUUUCUAAACUUUCUUGACGCUGUGAAAGAGGGUGACGGGCGUCGUAUAAUGAGGCAAUAUAAGUACCUUCUACUGUACUGCAAAGCUGAUAAACACAGUAGCAAGUAUGCCCUUGAGUGUCUUUAUCAAAUGUUUCUAAUAAACACUAUAUUGUCCCCCAGAGAUGCUCAUAGAUACAUCUGGAACAGGGGUGUCAAUAACCAUGGUAUGUUGGGGAAAAAUAUCCCAUUGGAUCUGGAGGUGGAACACAGCAACCACUACUUGAAACAAGCUGUGAAGAACUUGGGGCCCAAUGUGAAUCCUGCAUCAAUUUCUCGAAUAUGCAAAUCUGAGAAAUGUACCAGGACAAUAAUAAACACUUUGCAAGAAAGUGUUAAGAAAGGCUUCAAAUCUGGCAAACACACGAAUAAAAACGAUGAUGAAGAUUUAAAAACAAUUGUUGAUAAGCUCGUGGAACAUCAUGCAUUUGUGAAGCAAAAUGCUCGUACAUAUCAUAGUUUCAACAAUAUUGAUAGAAACCCGCUAUUGGGCCUUGAUAUAUCAAUGGUUUACAAGUGGAUCAAUGAGCACAAAGAAAAUAUAAAGAAGAACACAAAAGCAAGAUAA